AUGCCUCCGGUUUUCUCGCGUCCGACCCCCAGUGUCCCCGAUUUACCCCUCGAUGUCGUCCUCGCGAUAGCCCGUUAUCUCCCCCCUCGUGAUCAAUGCGCCAUGCUUCCCUGCUCGUGGACUAUGCACAAACUCAUCGCGCCUGUCGUUUAUGGGCGGGUGGACGUGUGGAUUCAGCCCCGGUCUUGGGACAAGUCGGAGGGUCUUGAUCCCACCCCGUUCAGGCUGUUGCGCACGUUGGCGGCUUCUGCGCAGUACGCUGGCUUUCCUGUCUCCUCUCGCUGCUAUGCCCGCCACGUCCUCACGUUCGCCUACGUCUCCUACGGAAGACAAGCCGAUGUCCGCGGUAUCCCCAUGCUCGCGGAGUUCCUUCGAUUCGCCAUUCGUCUGCGACAUCUGCGCAUCGAUGUCGUCCCUGCAUCUGUGCCUUUGUUGCUAGAUGCCUUCCGCCGGAACUCCAUCAUCAGUUCGCCUCCCCCCCUGUUGGCUGCCGCGUAUGCAACCGCAAGCACAAUUCAUCCCUGGAGCCUCCCCCGCCUCGAGAGUGUCCGGUCGUCCAAGGCUGCCAUCGUCGAGCCCUUGAUGCGCAAGCGUAACAUCCACACGGCCAUAGUCGAUGGAGCGCUGUCCUCCGCCGACAUCACCAACUUCCUCCGCAACCCAGUCUCUCUCCAAACGCCUCAGCUCUUGCGCCUCUCCCUCAGCAUCAUCCAGGACUCGAUCUACAGGCACAUCAUCCGAGCGACGUCGCUGACCUUCGGUCACUUGGAGUACCUCUCCAUUAGAACCAACGCUGUGCUGGCGGACCCAGUCUUCGAGCUUCUUAUGGACGCUGAAGGCGACCGGCUCUCCAUGUUCCCGAAGCUGCGAGGCCUCGCAGUCAAUCACGGGGGUCACUCAGAGAGCAAGUUGGUGAAGCUCGUGUACCACUCCGCCGGCUUCCUAGCGAGCAUGUCCGCCCAGGCCUUACCACCCCCCACACCAGACCUGCUUCUGCUCCUUCGUCAGCCUGCCCAAUGCAUCAUAGCGCAAUGGUCGCCCAUCCCCAGCAAAACCACCUUGCUCUCCAUCGUCAUCUUUCCGCAACGCUGGGUCCUGCUCGAAGGAGAAUCACUAUACCUCGAACACGCGGACCCGUCCUCCCGGCACGUCGACACGCUCUUCUAA